GACGAGCACGCGUGCACCGGGUUCCAGUAAGGAACACGGCGACGAAUUCGAAUCGACUCUCCGAUCCCAUCCCGCCACUACUCACCUUCUGAUUCGCUGCCAGGCCAGCGCAAUUGACGGCGAAUUCGAUUCGGCUGGGAAAUACUGGGCCUGUCGUGCCGGUGGCCCAGGGCGAGCCGCCGCGAACGAUCCGUCGACAAACGACGCAGCCUCAACCGGACAGGCCGAAGUCAGUUUCCGGUAGACCAGCGAGACGCUUGCAGCAAGCAAUCGCAGCCAUGUCGUUCCCGCUUGUUUCGCUCCAAGGCCUCGCCUCGCGGCUUUUGAACCGGCCAACGACCCUCACUGCCACCCCAUUCUCCUCCGCGACCGCGACACAAUGCCUCGCGCCCUCUGUCCGGCCCUUCUCAACAAGCCUCUCGCUCGCAGGCUCGAAGAAGAAAGACAGCAGCUCCAAGACCCCGGCCAAGACUGCCCGCAAACCCCCCGCCAACCAGGCCCAAAGGAAGAAGGCCAAGGGCAAGGAUGACGAGCCGACCGACCCGAGGAUAAUCAACAUGCUCAAGCACUUCGCCGUGCUCUCGCCGCGGCGCAUCCCGCCGCCGCUGCGCAUGGGCCGCAACCGGUACCUGCGGCACUGGACGAUCCACCGGGCGUGGAUGCUCUUCCGGCGCCGCCAGCGCCACGAGCGCGAGAGCAACCUGAUGCGGCAGUACCAGAGCAUGCGCGACGCGUGCGAGGAGCUGCGGCUGACGUCCGGCCCCGGCACGAGGCCCGAGGGCUAUCUCUUCCGCGUGGCGAUGCAGAAGGUUGGGGUGUACGGCCUGCACGCGGUGCCGAUCGAGUACGCGCGGGCGCAGACCGAGACGCCGGCCAGGGUGGCGUGGAACCAUGACUGGAAGCGGUGAGCUGGAGGUUGGCUGGAGGGGGGCAGGACUCGCAUGGGAGGGUUAAGAGAGACCGAAAUUGGAGGCACAGGCCAGCGUAGACGACGCUUCCCUGUCGGGUGUCCAUGUGCAUGCCUCCUGACUUGAUCUGCUGGCUGUGGACUCCUGCAAAUGUAAAACAACUUGUAUCAUACCUAUCUGAUGAAAGCAGUUGGAAGGCCC